AUGAGGGGAGGAUGUCCGAAUGGUGUGAUCCCUACUCAGCAGGAGGAGGAGGCAGCGAGUCCUCUGAGGGCAAAGGUCCUCGAGCUAGAGAAGGAACGGGACAGGAUAGAGGAAGAGAUCAAAUCCCAUGCGGACCUGAUGGAGCAAUUGGAUGCAGAAGGGUAUCCGCGGUCGGACAUACCGAUCAUGGAGGUGAUGGAAGCGAGAGGCAAGAUGGCGAAGUUGAAGCUAGAUCACAAGGAGAUCUGUGAAAAGCUCGAAAAAGCCCUGGAGGAAUACAUAGCAUCAUAG